UGCAGACUAUGCCUUAUGCUCUUCAUAUUCAUUUAAUAAAUUCAGAAAUAGCUUGAAAACUACAAUUGUGACCACAAACGGGUUCAAAUAGAGAAUUCAAGUGUCCAUUGCGAGUGUAAUAAUUCAUCACGCAAUGACUUGCACGUCUCAAACUCGUUUAAUACAGGAACAGAUAAAAUAAUAAAAUUAUCUGCUGUUUAUAAGGUUUAUUGUCGGAGUGCGAACGGUACGUGACCAGGGUUACAUUCAGUACAUCCCCACGACGAUUUAGAGUUCGCUUUGAACUCACAGUGCCUCUCUCGAGCGCAAGAGGGGCGCGCGACCGACCUGCCUUCACUCACGCACACAUUAGCUCUGGUCUGAGCGCGCGGGACAGUGAUGAUGUGUCAGCGAAGAAUAUUUGCGUUCUGAUCAUUUCCCCGCUCCUGACUUCAGCAUUCCACCAAGAACCGUUAAGUAAAUCCUAAAGUGAGUUCGUUUAACCGGUUAUGGAUCAUUGUGGAGGGAAAAUGUCUCUGCUGAAAGUGAGGACCGGAGUCGUGUCGUGGGUGUGCAAAUGAUGUGGGCUGUUUGGGUCUUCACUGAACUGUGCACGAGAUCCUUUUGGAUCUACCUUCGAAUAAACACCUCAGUGCCCAAAACCCAGGUAUCAGGCUAACGCUAAGACAACCUGAGCUUCGCCCAACCCAUUUGAUUAACUUUCCUCUUCAGUGCCAUCAUGCCAAUCAUCAGCAAUGCCAAUCAUGACUUCAGCAACCUCUCGGUCAGUGACGACAGCAGCUUGGACCACAUCUUUACCGAGAUCCCGGAAACUGAGACCAUCAAGGGAGUUUAUUAUCAGCGUGCUCAGUUCAUUCGCCGACCAGAAGAUCUGCUUUCUGUGGACCAUGGUCUGCAGGCCCUCAUCAAUGUGGGGGGCAACCGUUACACCUUCCCUUGGAGUACAUUGGAGAAGUUCCCCUUGACGCGUUUAGGACGUCUUCGAUCAUGCAGCAGUCCUGAGGAGAUUGCUUGUGUUUGUGAUGAUUAUGAUGAGGCACGCCGUGAAUUCUUCUUUGAUCGUAGUCCCAGUGCAUUCCGUGUAAUCCUCAACUUCCUAGCAGCAGGAAAGCUCAGAAUGUUACGGGAAAUGUGUGUGCUCUCACUGCAUGAGGAGCUCAACUAUUGGGGCAUAGAAAUGGCCUACAUGGAACGCUGCUGUAAGCGCAAGAUCUACACUCGCAUUGAGGAAGUCGCUGAGCUCGAGCGGCGGGAGGAGGAACGCCGUCAACGCAAUAUGCAGCUGGGCCCUCCUGUUGAGGAGACACGUUACCGAAAGUUCAUGAAUGAUUUGAGGGACAUGGUGGAGAACCCUCAAUCGGGUUUGCCGGGAAAGAUGUUCGCCUGUUUGUCUGUGUUGAUGGUGGCAGUAACAGUGAUCAGCCUGUGCAUCAGCACCAUGCCAGACCUCAGAGAGGAGGAGAACAGGGGUGUGUGCUCCCAGAAAUGCUACCACAUGUUCAUCGUCGAGACGGUUUGUGUGGGCUGGUUCUCAAUGGAGUUUCUGCUACGGUUUGUGCAGGCGGACAGCAAGCUGGCGUUCCUACGUGGACCAUUGAAUAUCGUUGAUGCCAUGGCCAUCCUGCCCUACUAUGUGUCUCUGAUAGUGGAUGAGAACCCCACCAGUGAACAUGAGCGACCCUCUGGAGGUAAGGGCUACCUGGACAAGCUCGGGUUGGUGCUGCGGAUCCUACGUGCCCUUCGGAUCCUGUACGUCAUGCGUUUGGCCCGCCACUCUCUGGGCUUGCAGACUCUGGGGAUGACGGUACGGCGGAGUACGCGUGAAUUUGGCCUGCUGAUGCUCUUUCUCUGUGUAGCCGUGACGCUCUUUUCGCCUCUUGUGCACCUGGCAGAGAGCGAGCUGACCGGAGCGCAGGAUUUCAGCAGCAUUCCUGCCUCUUACUGGUGGGCGAUCAUCUCCAUGACGACAGUGGGUUAUGGGGACAUGGUACCCAGGAGCAUACCCGGUCAGGUGGUGGCUCUCAGUAGCAUCCUGAGUGGGAUCCUAAUCAUGGCCUUCCCAGCCACUUCCAUUUUCCACAUGUUUUCCCGCUCCUACCAGGAGCUGAAACAGGAGCACGACAGGCUCUUUAAAGAGGAGUGUGCAGCGGCCGCAGCUGCUACCACAGGACCUGAGGAUGAGCAGGACAGAGGAUGGGUGGCCUUUCCUCCUCCCAGACUAGUUCUUACUCCAGACACAGAGACGCCAGGCUCAUUUGAAGACCUUUCUCUUCUUGGGAAUGGUGGAGAGACUUCCGGGAAUAACAAGCACCCGUUACCAGCUGGAGCUUUUUGAGUGAUGCACACACAUUAUACUCUUCUCUAGAUUAAACAUGUUCUUCCGUGCCCUCAUACUGAACCCUUUUGCAGUGGACAGGGUGAAUUUUCAUAGACAGCUCUGUCUAAAAAGUUUAAAGGUCCUUGAAGCUAAUUUGUCUUCCAUCAGCCACAAGCUGAUCAUGUCUCAUUAAAGUACUAAUUCUUUUGUAUUCACACUGUGGAAAGAUUUAGCACUCAAUGAAAAUCCAAACAAUAGAAAUAAAAAAUAAAGCUACAUAGUUUAACUUUAAAGCCUUGUUCUACACCGUUAGACAUACAGCUGAGAAAUUUAGGUUCCUCAAAUUGACUGUCAAAGAAAGACUUUUGCGGAAUUGCUCUUCCAGAAAACGUGCAUAUAUAAUUUCCUGCGCCAGUCUGGGACAGACAUGCUCUUGUACAGGUCCAAAUAAAAACAGCAGUAAUCUGUAAUCUGUAAUGUCCUGUCCUGUUUUGUAGGGUUCACAGAAGGAUUUUCUAAUCCUCAAUCAUUAGACACAGUAACCCUGUUCUCUUCUCUUUAUUUUACGAAACAGCACAUGUGCCCAUACCAUCUGCCAGCUCUGACACGCAGUAGUUACAGAGUGGUGAAUCUAUGAUUGUUUUAGUGUUUACUGCUAGAGUUAAGAUUCAGCCAUGGUGUGACCUCAACAAGGUCAACCUAGUUUUGGCCGUCUUCAUCUCUUCUUGUUGAAUUCCUUCUAGGAGAGUGUGCUGCCCUCAGGUAAAGAGCUUCUCUGUAUAAGGUCAAAAAAUGUCCCCACUGCCCAAUGCUUGCAGGGUCUAGCGGGUUUGGGGGAGAAUCUUGAUGAGGCUGGGGAUUAAACUUGCAAUAAAUUCAUAGAGAUAAAAAGUCCUUCUGGAGUCAGACACUGUGACGGACUUUGCUUUGUCAACAAAUACAAAUUUGCACCUCUAAUCCAAUUAUUCAGUCAUGUUGCAUCAUAAAUGGCCUUGCUGCCGUUCCAAAAGUCCCAGAAGACUGAGUCAUGGAUCGGGAAAAGGUACAGAGAAAACCAAGAGGCUUUGAUUGACCAAUCAAAUUACAUAUGUAGCUUUUCGCAGGAUUAACCAGCUGGUUGAAUCAUUAAAUGGACAUCAGCUUGUUCUUGAU